AUGGCGAUCCGGGAGCGGGAGCCGAGCGCUCCGAGCGCGGGGAGAAGGCCGGGAAUAAAGCGAGGAAACCCCAAGAAAUGCCCCGGCUCGGGAGGGUGCGGCGGGCGCGGGGCCCCGGGCGGCAGCGGGGCAGCUUCCUGCUGCUGGCAGCACCUGCGCCGGGGCCGCCCCCGGGGAGGAGCCGGCACCGGCCCGGGAACACGGGCACCCAGCCCCGGCCACCCGGCACCGGCCCGGGAACACGGGCACCCAACCCCGGCCACCCGGCCCCGGCCCGGGAACACGGGCACACAGCCCCGGUCACACAGCACCAGCCCGGGAACACGGGCACCCAGCCCCGGCCACCCAGCACCGGCCCGGGAACACGGGUACCCAGCACCGGCCCGGGAACACGGGCACCCAGCCCCGGUCACCCUGCACCGGCCCGGGAACACGGGCACCCAGCACCGGCCACCCGGCACCGGCCCGGGAACACGGGCACACAGCCCCGGUCACCCAGCACCGGCCCGGGAACACGGGCACCCAGCACCGGCCCGGCCCGGGAACACGGACACGCAGCCCCGGCUACUCAACACCGGCCCGGGAUCACGGAUACCCAGCCCCGGUCACUCAGCACCGGCCAGGGAACACGGGUACCCAGCCCUGGCCCGGGAGCACGGACACCCAGCCCCGGCUACCCAGCCCCGGCCCGGGAACACGGGCACCCAACCCCGGCCACCCGGCACCGGCCCGGGAACGCGGGCACCCAGCCCGGGCUACCCAGCCCCGGCCCUGCCCGGGAGCCUCCGGGAAGGAGCCCUUCGGUCCAGCAUCCCCACGCCGGUGCCCCGCGGUGGGCACGGCCGGCUGGCCCGCACACAGCCCCGCUCUGCCCAGGGCUGCAGGGCCCCGCCGCUCCCGGCAGCGCAGAGCUGCCCUCGCCUUCUGCAGGCUUCGAGCAUCCCUCGCCAUGUGCUCCCGCCGCGGGCUGCGGGCUGGCUGCUCGCACGGGAUGGCUUCUCCUGCCUGGAGACCUUCAGAGGCGUCGGGUGCCCGGGGAGCUCGGCCCGGCAGGAGGAGACAAGCGGCCGCUCCCCAGGGCCCCUCCAGGGCAGCAGCGCUCGCCGCGUCCCCCCGAGCCCGCUCUGCCCCCGCGGCCCCGGCUCUGACUCAGCUGCGGGCGGGGGAGCCGAGGAUGGAGCGGCCCGAGGGAAGAGCCCGAUGGAAAAGCCCUUCCCUUCUGCACCUCCCGCACCUCCGGCCCCUUCUCCCCGCAGGGGCAGCGCUGUCACAGCCCAGCCCACCCGCCCGGCUCAGCGCUCCGAGCGCCCGGGGGAGCGGGGCAGCCGGGCUCGCUGCGGCUCGGCUGCGGUGCAGGAGCGGGGCUGCGGGCGGCGAGGGCACCGAGCAUCCUCCGCCCGGGCCCGGAGAGCCCCGGCCGGCAUCGCCCCGAGAGGAGCCCCGUGCCCCGCUCCGUGCGAGCCGAGCCCGUCCGCCUCCGCAGCCCGGCCGCACCUUGCCCUGCCCUGCCCUGCCCUGCCCGGCUCACAGCCCCGCCCUGCUCACAGCCCGGAGGAUGCCCGAGGGAACCGCGGCACCCCCGAAGGCUGUCCCUGUCCCCCGGGCAGCGGGACAGCCGCGCUGCGGAGGGGAUGGCGGCUCGGGCCGGGGCUGACAGCGGGGCAGGCUCCUCCUCUCUCCGCGUUUAACUCUUGCCUCGUCCCGCGGCCCCGCACGCCGCCCCCGGCCCCGACCCCCGCCCGCAGCACGGCCCGGCCGCUCCCCCGCCCCGCGGCCACCGGCCCCGACCGCAGCCCCGGCCACCCCCGGCCACCCCCGGGGACCCCCGGGCACAGAGCCCCGGCCCCGCCCGCGCUGCCGCAGCCUCCGGCGGGCCCGGGGCAGCCCGCGGCGCCCCGAGCCCCCGAGCCGGGCGGGCGGCGCAAGGGUUAA